AUGCGAAAUUAUGGCGGCCGUCUAUCGGCGGCCGUCUAUCGGCGGCCGUCUAUCGGUGGCCGUCUAUCGGUGGCCGUCCAUCGGUGGCCGUCCAUCGGUGGCCGUCCAUCGGUGGCCGUCCAUCGGUGGCUUGCAAAACUAUCCCAAUGUGGUCAUAAUUCGGCCACAGUGAAAACAACAAACCAACAAAGGAAACUAACAACCCAGCAGCCAACCAACCUCCAAGCAACCAACUUACCAACCAACCAACCAACCGACAGCUCGCUUCGAUCAUCACUACCAAGUACAAACAACCCGUACCGUCGUCGCGGCGUUUCUUCCUCCCUCGCGUCCCGAGGCUCCCAGUUCGAGGGUCGCAUCCUGGCCCGUCACAUGAUUGGCAACGACGAGUGCUCCUGUCUGUCCUGUCGCGACCGUCGCGGAGAGCUCACCCGGGAAGUGCGCAACGCCGUCGCCGCCUUGGUCGUGCCCAGUGUUAUCGAUGUCGACGCGCCCAAUGAGACAGCCCAUCCCGGCGCACCUUCCCGUGAGGCCUCUGCUCCCGCUGCCCGUGUCCCGGUUCCCCCAACGCCUGUCCGUCGCUGCACCGAAGACGCCGUCAUGGUGGUGUCCCCUUCUCCCCGUACCCGUUCCAAGAGAGGCGCCUCCAGCAUCACGAUGCCGUGCUACCAGUCCCGCCAGUCCCCCCACGGUUUGUUCCGUCAGGGCUACAACGGUCCAGACUCGGUGCUCUGCCCCCGCCUUUACGGAGACAUUGGCCAGGAGAACAGGGCCGUCGUCGACAAAUUGGUCGUGGUUUCUGGAAGUUACAAGUUUUCCCGUCCCACCGUCUUCGAUGCCGGCUCGUCCUCGGAACCCGGCUCUCUCAGGGCCCGUGCUGCUACCGAAGAGGACGAUGCCCUUCGCGCUUUGAAUGACCUUGGAUUGGAUGUCCAGGGCGUCACCACCGGUGUUGCCCAGUUCAUUUCUCCAGUCGUCGAGCAGUGCUUCUUGCCAACCAUGACUAGUAUUGGAGUCUUCAACAUCACCGCCAUGCAGACUUUCACCAAAAUCGGUGACGAUCCUGACAACCGCGAUCGAGUCAUUGCCCCGAGCCCUCGUGCUUGUUUCUUCUUCACGCCAGUGAUGAUUCGCAACAACGCGGUCUCUACCGUGAACAACGUCAACCAACACGAAUUCACCGUCGAUCAAGGACGCCGCAGCUACAACAAACGCUUCUGGGCUGACAAUCUCGUCACCAAGAACGGCAAGAACCAGCGCACCUUCACGAGCAUCGAUGUCGGAAUGCUCCAACCCAUCUGGUCCAUCCCCGAACAGGAACGCGAGAGCCAUCAGGAAACCAUGACCUGGAUGAAGGAUCACGGUCCCAUGUGCAAAGGUGGGGUUCCUCUCCUCAGCCUCAAAGGGUGCUACGCCUACGUUUUCGUUGAGUACAUGAAGUCCGACCUCGUCGUCAAGGCGCGCAUGUCCGGUUUCCACCCCGUGUUCAUCAUCAAGAACUGCCUUCUCCAGUACAGCAAGCUCUUUGGAAUCAACGGGUACCAGUUCUCUUCCAUGGACAAGAGGCCCAAGUCCUACCUCACCUUGGCUGGAUUUGCAAAGGGAACCGAGAGUGCCAGUAAUCUAUCCGUCAUUGCCCUCACGAACUCGAAGAGCCAGCUCCUCACUUUGGUUUCCUCCCCCUAGACGGAGUGCCUCGAUCGCCGGCUACAACGUGACAGGCAUGAUCCUUUCCGAACGUCGUUUUCGUCGCACCUGUGCUGGUUUCUUGCGUUCUCUUCCCGGCUGUUUGGAAAACGCAAUCUUGAUGAACCCUAACUGUUAAAGUCCAUUUUCUCAUC